AUGCGGGAGGGUUUGCUGCUGCGCGCUGCAGUGCCGGAGCGCUCCGCGCGGCGGCUGCUGUGUCCUGCUGUCUUUGCUUAUUUGCUGCUGAGCCGCUGGCCCCACAGUCAGCAGCAGCUGCAGCGGGACAGAAGUGUUUUGCUGCGCAGCAUCAGCAGAAUUAAUUUGCUGCUGCAGCAGCUGGGUUUGCUGCAGCAGCAGCAGCAGGCGCUGCUGCUGCUGCGCGCGGGGGCCCCCACGCCCCUGCACCUCUACGCCACGCCCCGGGGGGCCCCCGGGGGGGCCCCCGGGGGGCCCCUCAGUACCCUUUCUUUCGGGGAUCUUUGGCGCCUUCGUUUGCUGCUUUUAAAACAAGUCAAUUUGAUUGUCAAGGCCGGCACAAACCCUUCUCCAGACUCCGAAACAGACUCCAAAACCCUAAACCCUCAAACCCCAACCAGCCCCUCCAACGGGGGCCCCCGCAGCCCCCGGGGGGCCCCUGGGGGGCCCCCGGGGGGCCCCCCGGGGGCCCCCGCCCGCGCCUCUCCCCAGGGCACUCAGGGGGGCCCCGACCCGGGGGGCCCCCAGGGGGGCCCCCAGGGGGGCCCCCAGGGGGGCCCCCAGGGGGGCCCCCAGGGGGCCCCCGGCGAGGGGGGCCCCCAACCCCGGGGGGCCCUCGACCUGGGGGGCCCCCAGGAGGGGCCCCUGGGGGGCCCCUGCGGGGGGGGGCCCCCGGGGGGCCCCGAGGACGCGGGCCUCGAGGAGGGGAGCUACUGCGAGGGGGGCCCCCAGGGGGCCCCCAGUGAGGGGGGCCCCCCGGGGGGGCCCCCCGGGGGCCCCCCGGGGGGCCCCGAGGAGGGGCCCCCAAACCCUGAUAAGCUGCUGCGAGGAGAAAAUGGAGAAGAGCGAGUUGUGUUUUAUUUGCAUGGAGGGGCCUUUAUUUCUCAAAGUCCAGAUUUCUACCGCAUCUUUUUCAAUGAACUGGGCCGCCUCACUGGGGCCCGCGUUGUGGCCCCCAAAUACAAUUUGGCCCCGGAGAGUAUUUGGCCGAGUCAGAUCUUGGAGGUGUUUGAGGUGUACAGACACCUGCUGCGCGAAAAGGCGCUCGACCCCCAGCGCCUCGUCCUCAUGGGGGACAGCGCGGGGGGCAACUUGGCAGUGACUUUGCUGAUGUCCAUUAUCAAACAUAAUGAAAGUCUUGCUGCUGAAGAAGCUGCUGCUGCUGUGGGGCUGCCGCGGGCUGUUGUGCUGCUGUCGCCCUGGCUGGACCUCAGCCAGAGCGGGCCUUCUUACCGCCUCAACAGGGCCCAAGAGCCCGUGCUGCCUCUCAUCUCAAUCGAACGUGCUGCUGCUCUUUACCGUUUCGGCAAAAGUGCUUUUGGCUCGGACUUCAAAGAAGGCGCCCUCGACAAGACCCCCUUCAGAGACCCCUGGGUGUCCCCCGCCUUUCUCAGCGACCCUGCAGUCCUUCGAGCUUUUCCUCCAGUUUGCAUUCACGCAGGAUCGACAGAAGUGCUGCUGAGUGACUCUUUGGUGUUGGCGAGAAGAAUAAAUGCAGCUUUUAAAACCCCCGACAACUUCGAGGGUUUUGAGCGGCUGCUGCCGCUGACAGUGCCCAUAGCCAGUCAUCAGCAGCAGCAGCAGCAGCAGCAGCAGCAGCAGCAGCAGCAGCAGCAGCAGCAGCAGCAGCAGCAGCAGCGGCGGCGGGGGGGGCGCGGAGGGCUGCGGGGAGAGCAGCAGCAGCAACAGCAGACGCACCAGCAGCACCAGCAGCAGCAGCAGACAAGGCGGCAGCUGCGACGAGCUUCAGCGCAGCAGCAGCAGCAGCAACAAUGCCGCCAGCAGCAACAGCAGCAGCAACGGCGACAGCAGCAGCAGCGGCAGCAGCAACGGCGGCAGCAGCACCAGCAGCAGCAGCAACGGCGACAGCAGCAGCAGCAGCAGCAGCAGCAGCAGCAGCAGCAAAAGCUGUCAGCGCUCCACUCCCCUGAGAGUUUGCCGGACGAUUUGCUGCAGCACAUGCGGCCUGCUGCUGCUGCUGCUGCUGCUGCUGCUGCUGCUGCUGCUGGCUUCUCAGAAGCCCUGGGCUGGAUGGACGCAGAGCAGCUGCAGCAGCUCAACAGCAGCGGGAAAGUGGAAGCAGCAGCAGCAGCAGCAGAGCAGCAGCAACUCCAAAGGGCCUCCGUCACUGUCUGGAAGGACGAGUUCCACGUGUUCCCGUGUUUCGGGUUUAUGGAGGAGCCAUCUGCCUCGGAAUGCAUUCAGCAAAUUGCCGAUUUUAUAAACACUCAAUUUGGAGAGACUCCUGCUGCUGCAGCAGAUGCAGCAGCAGCAGCAGCAGCAGCAGCAGCAGCAAGCGGAGACGCAGCAGCAGCAGCAAGCGGAGACGCAGCAGCAGCAGCAAGUGGAAACGCAGCACCAAACGCAGAUGCAGCAGCAGCAGAUGCUCACGCAUCAGCAGCAAUGGAGAAAAGAAAUGCAGCAGCAGAAACAGCAGCAGCAACAGAUGCAGCAGCAGCAGCAGCAGCAGAUGGGGGAGCAGCAAAAGAGGCGACAGAUAGAGCAGCAGCAGAAACAGCAGCAGCAGCAGCAGAUGGAGCAGCAGACAAAAAGGCAGGAGCAGAAACAAAAGCAGCACGAGUAGUAGAAAGUGCAGCAGCAGCAAAAGAAGCAGCAGCGGCAGCAAAAACGACAGCCGCUGCAGCAGCAAGAGACGCAUGGAAGAGGCCAACAAUUAUUUUGGAGUAUAGUGAGCAGCAGCAGCAGCAGCAGCAGCAGCAGCAGCAGCAGCAGCAGUCGCUGCAGCAGCAGCAGCUUCUGCUGCUGCCACUCCAGCGAAUUCAGUCGCCAGCGCCCAACACAGCAGCAGCAAAUGCAGCAGCAGUAACUGCUGCAGCCAGGCCCACUGCAGUGUGCGGCCGUCCAGCUAGCUGCCGCAUCUGGGAACUUGUAGCAGGGAGGCAGCAGCAGCAGCAGCAGCAGCAGCAGCAGCAGCAGCAGCAGCAGCAGCAAAGGAGAGAGUCUCCCUUGAGCAGCAGAAGAGGGUCUUUGUCUUCUCUUUUGACGAGCAUCAAGCGAGGCAGCAGCAGCAGCAGCAGCAGCAGCAGCAGCAGCAGCUUUGACAUAUCAGUCCCUUGCCGGCGGAGUUCCUCCUCGCUGGAUUCCGCUGCCUUCCACAGCAGCUUCCUCGACCAGCCGCAGCAGCAGCAGCAGCAGCAGCAGCAGCAGCAGCAGCAGCAGCAGCAGCAGCAGCAGCAGGAUGGGGAGGAGGCCCUUCCAACUUUUGCUAUGCAGCACUCCGACGAAGAAGACCCUCCCACAGAAAAGGAAGAUGCUGUCCCGCAGCAGCAGCAGCAGCAGCAGCAGCAGCGGCAGCAGCAGCAGCAGCUUUCGCAGGGCCGCAGCAGCAGCGCACUCUCAGGGGCACUGCAGCACGGGAGACAGCAGCAGCAGCAGCAGCAGCAACAGCAGCAGCAGCAGCAGGCGAGGGGGCCCCUGGGGGCCCCUUAUGAGCUCAACGAGCACUGA